AUGUACCAGAUACAGCCCAACACUAGCGUUAUUCAUACGCGCAAGAAGCUCGAUGAAGGCGCGCAAUUUGCUAGAUCGUUGUCAUCCUGGUUCUCGUGGCGUGUGCUCCGAACACGCAACUUGCUCUGCCUCGAUGUUCUCCGGAUCCCUCAGGCUGCUCGUGGCACCGAUGUUCUCCAGCAUCACAACCACCCUCUGAAGAUGACGCCACCUUCAUCGCCAUCAGCAGCUCACGCUCCCGGUCGAAGGUCUUCAAGCCUCGAUGCUAGGACGCGAAGCGCAUCCCUUCCUCGUCAGACCGCGCACACCACGACGCUCCCCGUCCGCCGCCCGAUGGGCACAAACGUCUCCCCUGUUCUCAAGACGCGCUCAACGGCCUCUGUGCUUGUUCUACCCAGGCCAGCGAACAGAGCAUGCGUCGUGCAUCCUCACACAAAACCGACGGCAUUGCGCACGGCGAACGUCUGUCAACAGUACUCAACGUGGUGGUUGAAACCCGUUUUCUUCUACAUCUUCCCUCCGUUCUGUAUUCCCGAGCGGUCGGAAACCCAUAGUGCGUACAUUCCUCAAUCUCCUCCGACUCUCAGGCUUGCGAAGACAGUGCCCAAGGUGAUCGGCGACGGGGGCGGCAGGUGA